UGGGUUUUAAUAACAGCAAAAAAGCAACGAACGAAAGUCUUGAAAUCACUUUACAAGAGCUUUGUGUUGUCCAGAAAUCGGCAUACACUAAAUGCCGAUGCGGAGAAACAAUGUCUAUGUUCAUUCAAUUUUAGUGUCGACUCAUGACGAAACAAUAACCAAAGUGAGGGGAGGAGAGUGAGAAAAGUGAAGGAGUACAUGGCUGAUCACGAAUGUCUGAUGAAAUCUUUUGAGGCUAGACAGACGUGAAUCAAAGUAAAUUUCAAAGGAAUUAAAAUUCGUUUGAAACCUCAGAUAUGAUCAAACAUGGUUCAGGAAUGGCUUCCUGCCUGAAAUAUGUGACAAGUAAGGUGCCGUCAGUUGUGCCGCUGGUCGUCAGACACCAUGUUUCUGUCUGCAGCAGGCAGAUUUCUAGACACUCAGUCUCGUCUCCUCUACUUCAAGAGACUAAUGGGAGAGGUGAAUUUCCCUCCUCGACUCUGCCCUUAGACCAUCAAUCAUUUGGAAGUACAACUUUUAAACAAGGGAAAACUCUCACAGUCCAUUGUGACUCUGAUGUCAUAAGAUACAUUUCGUACUUAAUCUUUGACUGUGAAGACAACCGUACUAGUUCUAUUAGACUCCCAACCACUCUCUGCCAGUGUGCUACUAGCUCAUAUGGGGUGCCAAAUAUUGGUACCCCGGUUGAUUUCAAGUCCAAUGUUGUCUUCAAUGAUCCAAAAUACUCACAAUUUGAUAUAAAGAAGCAUAAAGAAACGGCACUUUGCAAUUCUCGUUCAGAUGACCCAAACUUAUCGUCUGGUAAUAAACUCACAGAGCUACAUCUGAAACAACUAAAUAGCAGUAGCAAUACCAAAUCGGAAGACCCUUUUCAGCCUCCUAGUGAAGGACAAUUAGACAAUAUAGUUCAAACUCUGUCCACCGAUUUACCAAACUUCUUUACGAGAUUUUUUAACAUCAAGAUUUACCACCCUAAUAUUAUACUUGAAGAUAAUAUUAGGGGCAGGAGAUUUAGUGGACGUGACCAAUAUAAUUUACAGGCAAAACUUCUUUAUCUUAUUGGUCAUUUGAGAUUUCUAUUCAUCAGACUCGAUGUAUUGAAAAUUACAGCACACCCAGAAGAUGGAACUGUGAAAGUGCGCUGGAAGAUUAAUGUAAUUAGACUUAGUAAAAUAUUCCGUAUAAAAUUUUGGGAUCUAGCGAAGUAUAUCCAAGAAAGUGAACAAACGUGGAUUGAUGGUUUUUCAACAUAUUAUGUGAAAGGUGAUGGACUUGUUCACAAACAUGUGGCAGACAAGAUGAUUCCUGACCCUCAUCAAAUAGUGAAAAAAUCUGAGUCUGCUAAGCCCCCAAUUGUUCCACAACCCCUUGCAUAUUCAGAUCGUAACAAAAUGUGAUUUCCCUAAAUUUCUCUCUUCAGUUCUUCGGCACAUAGAUUAUGUAAAUGCUUUUGUAGAUCAGAAAAUGAACUAUUACACACUACAUAGUGCAAUUUUUCUGGAAUUCCAAUUGUUGAGAUCUUUAUAAAUAAAUACCUUCUACAGCCUGUA